GCUUUUGCUUGCUUCUCCGUCUCUCUCGCUCCAUCACCAAUCUCUGAUUUCCUUCUGUUUGUAUUCUCCAUGGCGGAGGGGAAGCCUAAGGCUCAGGCCGGAGUAUGGAGCACUGUGAAGCCGUUCGUCAAUGGUGGCGCUUCGGGCAUGCUCGCCACCUGCGUCAUCCAGCCCAUCGACAUGGUCAAGGUUAGGAUCCAGUUGGGCCAGGGUUCAGCUAUGCAAGUCAGCAAGAACAUGAUCGCCAAUGAAGGCAUUGGUUCCUUUUACAAGGGUUUGUCAGCUGGUCUACUGAGGCAAGCUACUUAUACAACAGCUAGACUUGGUUCUUUUAAGGUGUUGACAACUAAAGCUGUUGAGGAAAAUGAUGGAAAGCCACUGCCGCUUCUUCAGAAAGCGUUUAUUGGACUGACAGCCGGAGCAAUUGGAGCAUGUGUUGGAAGUCCAGCUGAUUUGGCACUCAUCCGUAUGCAGGCUGAUGCAACUUUACCAAUUGCACAAAGGCGCAAUUACAAAAAUGCCUUCCAUGCCCUCUAUCGAAUUGUUGUGGAUGAAGGGGUUCUAGCACUCUGGAAAGGAGCAGGCCCUACUGUUGUUAGGGCAAUGGCAUUAAAUAUGGGCAUGCUUGCUUCAUAUGAUCAAAGCAUCGAGUUUUUCAGAGAUUCACUUGGUCUUGGUGAAGUCAGCACAGUAGUGGGGGCCAGUGCUGUUUCAGGUUUCUUUGCAUCAGCAUGCAGCUUGCCCUUUGACUAUGUGAAGACACAAAUACAAAAGAUGCAGCCAGAUGCCAAUGGCAAAUAUCCUUACACAGGGUCCUUGAAUUGUGCCUUUAAGACCUUGAAGAGCGGGGGUCCAUUAAAGUUCUACACUGGAUUUCCUGUCUACUGCGUUAGGAUUGCACCCCAUGUCAUGAUGACUUGGAUAUUUUUGAAUGAAAUCCAAAAGGUGCAGAAGAAAAUAGGGUUGUAAGAGUGGCUGUUGAUGGCGAAAUUUACUCAAGUAUAAACUUAUUAUAAUAAGUUUCCGGCUUUCAUAACCUAGAUGAGGAGGCUGGUUUUGGUGUCUUGACAGCCUUCUGCUGAAAUCUUUUGGGAUACCAGAAAAAAUUAGUGUCAUGGGAAAACAUUCCCAAGUGGUAUUUUGGGUAAGCCAUUGCAGUCAGAUUAUACUACCCAGAACUUGUUUGAUUCAUCUGCAAGUGGUUAGUCUUGAACUGAUUAUUUUUAAUUCAGUUGCAUGUAAGCCACAAAUAAUUUCAACUGUUACUGUCAGCUUUUGGAUUGACGCCUUCUUUCUUCUUUGUGCUUCUUUGGGUAAUCAUUCAGUCAGUAGUUUGUAAGAUUGAUAAUUUGUGUUUACGUCAUUCUUGGGACUA